AGUGUGAUCAGGAAUGCUGAAUGCCAGCAUGUUCAGAAUAAAUACAGCACUCAACCUUCAGCCUCGUUAUCAAGGGGACAGCUGCUUUUCAGCAAGAAUAUUUUGUCACUUAGGAAAAAUGACUUAUCAUUAGCGAGUUUUUUUCCCCAGCUAUGGGUGGAAAUUGCAGAUUGACACCACUGUUGUUCAACUUGGUUUUGUCUUGGUGGCUGGCAGUAGAAGCAAGUCCCCAGAAGAAACAUAAAAGUUUCUUUUGCAAAGUACCUAUUCCUAAUGCCUCUGGGUUGGUUAGGUUUGUUUUACUUUAUUUAUUUUAUUUACUUUUCUCAUUUAUUAAAAACCUUGCAGGUCUUAUGUAAUUAACACUGGAUGCAGUGAAGUAAUCAGAUGUAGUAUUGUGAGUUGUAACUGCUCUCAAUGUUUUGGUAAAAAAAUCACUUUAAAAAGUUGUAGUGUUUUGUAUGUGGCAACAUAACCCACUUUUUUUUGCACAAGACCUAAAAAAUUGAAAUUUCAUCUGCUCCCAGAAUAUAUUGCAAGAUGAUACCUCUUUCACAAUCAUCUCGGUUACUGACCUGUCUUCAUAUACAGAUUUUUUCAUUCUUUUUAGUGAUUUUUUUGUGAGUGUUCUAAUACUUGUAAGUUAAAAUUGUUUCCAUGUGCCUGUAAGGGAGCAAAAAUGACAGUUAAUCCAUCAUGAACCUUUUGGUUUUCCUUUUGCAGUCAUAGUUCUAUAGGUAUUAAUUAUGCUGUCAUUGCAUCCCACUAGUUUGUGUACAUGAGACUGCCAUUGCUUUUCACAUUUAUUUACUUCCAAGGGUUUGGUGCUGUCUGCCAGGAAAGUUGGACACUACAUAUUGGAGUUCGGAGGAAGGAGUAAUGGGCUGGAAGGUUAGAGGAGAAUGUGGUGAAAUCAGCUGUGAGGGGAAGGUGAUGCUAGAAGUUGCAAGAUGCACUGUCUUUAAAAGAGAGUGUGGGAUAUUUGAUGACAGUUUACAGGUUCUGCUGUUCUGCCUGUGGGCUGAAAGCUGGUACAGCCAAUAGCUCUUCAGGCCUCCUCAUGAAUUUGGAAGUGCUGGUUUAGGAGUUGGAAGUGCUGUUUAGGAAUUUCCAGACUUGCUUUUUAUCACAUCUAAGGACUGAUCCAGACCAGCCUUCUGUAGCCCGACAGCCUGUACUCUGAAUUGCUGACAGGGCAGCACCCACAGCAGCUCUGGUGGGUGUUCCUUUUGUGUGUGUGUGCCUGAAUGUGUUUUAAUUAAAAUACUCCCUACAAGUCUUGCUUCAUAUAUGCUAGGACAAGAUUUGAGGAAGGUAGAUGAAUUCCAGGUGUCCUCUCCAAGGUUUAAAGAGGACAUUUUAAGUCAGUCUGUGGCACCAUUUAGUGUCUUGCAUCUGCAGACUCUGUAAAAAGGGGGAAAUUGUUGCUGUCCUGGUGUGACCUGUGUGUUCUGCUGUGACUGCAUCUCCCUGGGGGAGGGUUCUUACCUGCACAAGUAUGUGGUGCUUGAACUCUUAAAUUUGAAAUUUGAAUUGCUGACUUGCAAAGCCUUCUUCCUGCGUUGCAACUCCCUUAUGGUUUGCUUACAUUGCAUCUGUCUAUUAGAGUCCCGGUAGGUCCUUUCUGUAGAUGGAAAUGGAAAUCUCUGCCACUGAGGGUUUACAGUCCAGCAAAGAUCAUUCAUCCUUGUCAGUGAGCAGUUGCAAAAAUGAAGGACAGGAGGAUUUGGAAGGAUGUAAUUUCCUUCGCUGCUUAGCAGGAUCUGACUUAAUUUCCAUUUUCAAACUUUGCUUGAGGUAAGAUUAAGGCUGUAGACAAGUCUAGGAAGGCUUAGCCUGUUUAAAUAAUAUAGUUGAUGAUUGAAAUGUUAAUGCAGAAUGGCUUUAGGAGGGGAUUCGGUUUUGUGAGUGGACCCUGAGAUCUUCCCUCUGCCUGCGGCUCCUUUGGUGGGGUGGAAUGUCACUCCAACCCGUUCCCAUUGGCCCAGCGUGUUUGUCCAGGUGUCUGCCUCUUCCAUAAAAGGCUGGAAUCAUCAGACCUGGCACACAUUCUUCAAGUGCUGCGGCAAAGAAAAAUGACACAACGUGUUUAUUUGGUGGUUUUACUUUUGUGUCUCAGUUUAAUGUGUCCUCUUGCAACUGGAAUUUUUAUGGACAAGCUUUCCAGCAAGAAGCUGUGUGCUGAUGAUGACUGUGUCUACACUAUUUCCCUUGCCAGAGCAGAAGAGGAUUAUAAUGCUUCAGACUGCAGAUUCAUCAAUAUUAGAAAAGGGCAGUUGAUCUAUGUUUACUCAAAACUAGUGGAAGAAAAAGACUCUGGAGAAUUCUGGGCUGGAAGUGUUUAUGGAGAACAGUAUGAAGACCACAUGGGGACAGUUGGUUAUUUCCCUAGCAGUUUAGUCUCAGAGCAACAUGUCUAUCAAGAAGCAAAUAAGACUGUUCCUACAACGGUAAGGAAUUUGCAAAAGCCAAGUUGGCUACAUAAUUAUACUUGGCUAUGUAAUGCUAAUUUGCUGAUUGUGGAAGUUGAUUGUAGCAUGUCACAGAUCCUUAGGGAUGCAAUCCUUAUACAGGCAAAUAGCCUUGAUAAAAUCCCUAACAUAAGCUUUGAUACUGCAGACAUUACAAAUGCUGGAAUAAGGGCUUCAUCCUAUUAGAGUUCCUGUUGAUUUGGAUAGUAUUCCUUCAAGGCCAUGUAACUUUUACCCAAAGCUUUCUAUUUUAGAGCCUGGCUAUUGUGCUGUGAACUUCAGUAAUGUGUAAAAGUGUGCCUUCUGUUAAUUGUACAUAUAGAUGGACACUGCCGUACAGAACUUGUGAUUGCUGAGAGCAUGUUUGCUUUCCAUUACAAAGUUAAUGGUAUGUCAGAAAAUUGAAUUAAAAAGGUUUUGGAAGCACAAUAGUGUACUGUGAGUAAGUAGGCUGCAUUUCUGAAAGGAUGGUUGUCCCUGAUCCUGCACAGUAGGGUUUCCUAUAUUGUAAAAUUUGUAUUUUUACUAAAUAUCUGAAGCACUUCACAGAGGAGUGGAAGAGGAGGGUCCUUUCUUCAGAGGCUGGUAUGGUUUGGCUUACAAUUAAUGCUUACUGGUAGCUUAUUUCUGUGCUUAAAACCAAAUCGAGUGGUAGACUUACAGUACUUAACUUCAUCCAUACUGAAUGUUUAGCUAUACACUGUUUUGCAGCAUAUGGCAAAAUACAAUUAGUGUGUCAACCUGGAAAUUGUAUCUGGAAUCUUUAAUCCUAGGUCCAGAUUAUUAGAUGGGUCUGAUUAACACCCAUCUAAUAAUAACACCCAUGAGGAAAUAAGUGAAGGAAGAAUUUUGUUUCAGGUUAAUAGUUGAGAGGAUCUGUGUUACAAUGUGUCAGACAAGUUUUAUUUGCGGAAAUGCACAUCUUUAUCCAAUAUUUAUCCAGUGAUUGCUUUUCUUGACACUACACCAGGUUAUUCCGAAUUUGUCCCAGAAGCUUUGCAGUAAUUAAUUAGUCAAAGAACAUGAAAAAAUGACUAAAGUAUGUUUCUAAGCUCUUUUCUCAAUGGUAUGACAGCCAGUCUGCCGCAUGGCAAACUGAACUGGAAGCAGAGUAGGUUAAGCACUGCCUUGGCCUGCAACCUGACUCAGGGUCCACAGUGGAGUCCUGUCAGGCUGCAAUACUGAGUUUUAAUUGGCAAGUCAUUUCUUUCACAAAACUAUUGACACAAACUUCCAGUCCUUUCACCCUUCCUUCACAUUCUUGCUGUGCAGGAACACUGUGAGGAAAACAGGAGGCAAUGCAGAGGUGUUCUUCGUGUCCUACUGAUCUCAGCUGUAUGUUGCAAAUAGGACCUUCAGGAUCUGACUCUUUGUUCACAUUUAAAACAGUCUAUAGCACACCUUGACCCAUCUGUGGACAUGCUGCCUGCUCCAGAAAUAACCCUUUAAAGGAGCUGUUCUACACAGAACUAGUGUUGCACACCUCCACAGAUACCAUCAGCUUUCUAUCUGCAAGUUGGGAGCCAGUCUUUCGCUCACAGCUCUGUAACCUUCUCUCAGUGUUUUUGCUUUGUUUGCAAUGUUUUGCCCAGCCUUGCACCUGCAAAGCCCAAUAUUGGUGUGCUUUCUUAGGAAGGGGUUCAUAUUUAUUUACGGAGAUCUGGUGAUGCCCAAAGCGUAACAAUAAAUCAGCAUCCAGCACCUGCCCUGAUCAAGGCACUGGAUGGCAAAAACCAUGGCACUGGAUGGCACUGUGUGAAGAAAGGACUGAUAGGGAACUCAAUGGGGAACAAUACUGUGGGGAGCACCUGAAGCCUGAAAGAGAACAUCAGCCUGGGGGCCUCUGUGUCUCUGACCCUCCUUUUAUUUUUUUUCUUUUUUCAUCCCCAAAAGUAACUUUCACUGUUGGAGUCAAUGCAUGCCAUUAGCUGCAGAUCUUGCUAUAGUAAACCUGCCUGUGAACUUCUCUCAGCCUCCUUUUGUGCAGCACUUGGGUAAUCCAUGCCUGUCAGUUGCUGUUUGAGCAAUAAAUCUUAGGAGAUUUUUUUUUUCUCGGUGCUGCUACUUCUGAACCAUUGAAUCAAAUUGAGUACAAUGGACUGAGCACAACAGGCCGUGUGUACUACAGAGUGGUGUCGGAUUGCCUGCUUUACCUCUGUCGCUUAAAAUUGCCCAUUUGCUGGCUGAGAGCACUCUCAUUAUCAGUAAGCAGCUGUUCUGCAACAGCUCCCUGUCUUCCUGCGUGCAGUGGGCAGCUAUUUGGGAUACAUUGAAUGGAAAUGAGCACCACAGUGUGGUAAUUCCGUGCAACAGAAUCAAGAUCUGUGUAGGCAUGUAAGGUAGUAGCAGGAAGGAAGCAAUAUGCUCUGGAAGUCUAUUCCAUGCCGGAAGUUUUCAAACAGAAUAUUGGCAUUUGUUCUCUAGUCAGCAUUUCUCCGUAGCAACUGUACUGCACAGCCUCAGUCUAAGUCAUCCUUUUCAUGUGGGAUUAGGAAUUGUUUGAGGAUAAGGGGUUACGUACGUCUAAUGAAUCCAGGUAUGGAUGUAGAAACACAAAACAAAAAAGGGAGAUAAAGGAAUCGUUUGAAAUUAAGAGAGAAGGAGGUAUUGUCUAAUUAAUUUUAAGAAUUCAAGGCAGGAACAAAUCUGAGCUAUGCAAAGGAGUCAAAAGACAAAAGGCCUGUUUCUUUUCCAGAAUGCUUUGAAUAUAUUAUGGUGUACUUUGUGUAUAUUAUAAUGUAUUCUGUGUUUGCAUUUACUCAUGUACCUUUGGGGGCUGAUAAAGGAAUGUUAAUCUUCAGUAAUCUCAAAACAUCUUUCCUUUUAACUCUCUUUUUCAGGACAUUGAUUUCUUCUGUGAGUAGCACUGAAUGCAGUCAGGCAAUCUUUUGGCUGCUACCAGGGAAAGCCGCUGGGAGGAAACUGGGGCACUCUCCCUGGACACAGAGCUCUGCCUGUAAUAGAUGUUUGUGGAACAAGUAAUCUUUCUCCAAAAUAAUAAAAUUUUCAUUUAAAGAGAGUGAUUUGGGAUAGGGACCUAGUCCCACAUAGGAUUUAUUCUUUAGAAAUUUUUUUACCUGCAUAUGCUUUGCUACUUGUUAAUAAAGGUGAUAGCCU